GGGCCUGAGGGGCGGGAACGGGGGUUAAAUAGGGGGCGGGACCGGGAGCGAGGUCACGUCCCGGGCUGGAUCCGGUUCCGUGAGGAGCGCGCGGAGCCUGCUGGGAGAGACCCGGGUGUGCCGCUGCCGCUCCCGGCCCGCCGCUGCCUCUGCCCCGGGCUCGGUCCGCGCUGCUGUUUCUGCUCGGGGUUCGGUCACCGCCGCUGUUUCUGCUCGGGGUUCGGUCCCCCCGCUGUCUCCGCCCCAGCCUCCUUCCCUGCCGCUGUCUCCGCUCCAGGCUCGGUCCCCGCCGCUGUCUCCGCCCCAGCCUCCUUCCCUGCCGGUGUUUCCGCCUCAGGCCGCGGCCCCGCUCUCCUCCCGCCGCCAUGGCGAUGCAAGCAGCCAAACGAGCCAACAUCCGGCUCCCUCCGGAGGUCAACCGGAUCCUGUACAUCAGGAACCUGCCGUACAAAAUCACGGCCGAGGAGAUGUACGACAUUUUUGGGAAGUACGGGCCCAUCCGGCAGAUCAGAGUUGGGAACACCCCUGAGACCAGAGGAACAGCCUACGUGGUCUAUGAGGACAUCUUUGACGCCAAGAACGCCUGCGACCACCUGUCGGGGUUCAACGUGUGCAACAGAUACCUCGUGGUUCUGUACUACAACGCCAACAGGGCAUUCCAAAAGAUGGACACAAAGAAGAAAGAAGAACAGCUUAAGCUUCUCAAGGAAAAAUAUGGAAUUAACACAGACCCACCAAAAUAAACUGAUCCUUUUUGGAAAACUCUUUUCAAGCCCUGUUGUGGAGUUCUUGGCCUAAACAUAGGAAUUCUUAACAAAGUAUAAUUUUUUUUUUCUCUUAUAAAUCUGAUAAAAUGCAAUAUGAGUUUUUAUAUCUUCAGAUUAGGAAUAAAUAAAUGUAGAAGACAGGGAGAUCUGCUUUAAAAUUAAAUCCCCCAAGGCGACAGCUUCUCUGUGCUGAGGGUGACCUGGUAAAGGCUGCUGUGUCCUGUUUCUAGCAGGAGCUUUCAAGAGGGGACUGAGCAGGUUCUGUGUUUGACUGGACAUCGCAAGCCCGAGCCCAUGUUUGUAACAAAGUUUCACAAACUGUAGAAGAUGAACGGCUUUCACAAGGAUCCAGCUCAUAAAGGGACUCAUUCCAAGCACCUUGUUCCCAGUAAUGGUACCAGCUCUGAUGAGCUGCAGUGAAACAACCCAGCUCUCACGCUACAAAACAAAAAAGUGUAUGGGGGAUUUGUUUUGUGUCCCAGGUUUGGACUGAGGAUUUGGUAUGAAUGGAAGAACACAUGACCAAAAUGAGACAGUAGAUGAAGGAUUUCGUUUUGAUACCUGUAGUGUGAUUGUUUUCUACUUGGCACGGUUGAACUAUAACACAUUUUCUGUAUGUACAUUUUUAGGUGUAGCAUGUGGUGGAGGAAAAACAAAUUUACAUUUCUUGGCUCUUUUUUUCAGUACUCAUGUCCUGUGUAUAAAAAUCAGUGUGAUCCAGGAUGUGCAUAGCCAGUAUCUUUUGGAAGUGGGAAGGAAUAACCUCUGCCUGUGUUCUGAACCAGCUGGAAGUUGUGGGUAGUAUCCUGCCUUGGGAGGAUUUAUUUGCAUGGAUGGGAUGUUCCACUCCCUGACAAGACAACUUCCAGCCAGUGCAGAACCAGGGCAGGUAACAAUAUACUUUGUCUGAAAUUUGUCAUUCAGUUUUGUUUUUCAGUGCAUUGUACUGUCAUAGAGGAAUGCUUCCAUUUUCUGAAAUACUUUUUUGUUGGAAUUUGUCGCUUCAAGAACAACACUGUGUCCAUUUGGUGAAAAAAUAAAUGUCUGCAUAUUUUGCUUUUUUUCAUCAA